GCUGCGCGGUGCCGCUCGGCGGGUGAGCGAGCCCUCCCCGUGCACCGAGCGGGGGGAGGAAGAGGAAAAGGAUAAAAGGGACGGAGAAAAAAAAAAAAAAAAAAAAAAAAAAAAAAAAGGAGGUAGGAGGAACCCUGGCAAGUUGAGUUUGGUACCUCAGCCGGGCUGCGGGGAUCGACGGGCGAUGGAUAAGGAUGAGAUCCACCUGCACAGGCUGCCUGCCGCCGCGCCGUGGGGACCACACGCAGACAGUGAUUUUCAUGGGGUGGAUUUUCUGCCUGACGACCUCAGUGACGUUCCAGACGAGACAGGCAUGAGGGUGAACAAGAAAUACUCCUGCCUGCCUGCUGAGGAGAAGGGGAUCCACAUCAUCAACAUCCGAGCUAUUGAGGAUAUAGGAUAUGACCAGCAUGAAAGCACACUGUUGAACUCCCUAUCCAAAAAUCCAGAUGCUGACUGCAAGUAUGGACUCUACUUCCGAGAUGGCAAGAGGAAAGUGGAUUACAUCCUGGUCUAUCACUACAAGAAGUCUUCAGCAGGGAGGACGCUCACCAGGAGAGCCCUGCACAAUGAUGGAGGUGCCAAGAGCACCAAGCAGGACCCACUGCCUGGGAAGGGUGUGCAAAUGGAGAUGGGUGAGAGUGAGCCCCACACUGACUGCCACGAAGAUGACAAGAGGUUUCGCAGGGAGGAGUAUGAAGGGAACCUGGUGGAGGCUGGCCUGGAACUGGAACGUGAUGAGGAUACUAAGAUCCACGGGGUUGGAUUUGUAAAAAUCCACGCGCCAUGGAAUGUAUUGUGUCGAGAGGCAGAGUUUCUUAAGCUCAAGAUGCCAACAAAAAAAAUGUAUCAAAUCAAUCAGACCCAUGGUCUUCUGAAAAAGAUCAACUCAGUAAUUCAGAAGAUAACUGAGCCCAUCCAGCCCAAGGUGGCUGAGCACAAACCGCAGACGGUGAAGCGCCUUUCCUACCCCUUCUCCAGGGAGAAGCAGCACUUAUUUGAUUUGUCUGACAGAGAUUCCUUCUUUGACAGCAAAACAAGAAGCACUAUAGUUUAUGAAAUUCUGAAAAGAACAACAUGUACCAAAGCAAAAUAUAGCAUGGGGAAAGGAGAGGGAAGAAAGAAGGAAACUGCCCUUUUAAAUAAAAGACGAAAAUGUGGUAAAUAUGGGAUAACCAGCCUGCUUGCCAAUGGAGUUUACAGUGCUGCAUAUCCUUUGCAUGAUGGCGACUAUGAAGGUGAAAACGUCGAACCCAAUGACAGAAAACUCCUGUGUGAGGAGUGGGCAAGCUAUGGAGUCUUCUAUAAGUACCAGCCCAUUGAUCUGGUGAGAAAAUACUUUGGAGAGAAGAUUGGACUAUAUUUUGCCUGGCUGGGAGUUUAUACACAAAUGCUUAUUCCAGCUUCCAUUGUAGGGAUUAUCGUUUUCCUAUAUGGCUGUGCAACUGUGGAUGAGAACAUACCAAGUAUGGAAAUGUGUGACCAGAGAAACAAUAUCACCAUGUGUCCCUUGUGUGACAGAACAUGCAGUUACUGGAAGAUGAGCUCCGCUUGUGCGACUGCUCGUGCAAGUCAUCUGUUUGAUAACCCUGCAACUGUCUUCUUCUCAGUCUUCAUGGCUCUCUGGGCUGCUACCUUUAUGGAACACUGGAAGAGAAAGCAGAUGCGGCUCAACUACAGGUGGGACCUGACUGGGUUUGAAGAGGAGGAGGAGGCAGUCAAGGCUCAUCCCAGAGCAGAAUACGAAGCAAAAGUUUUAGAAAAAUCACUGAGGAAAGAACACAAACAUAAAGAGACGGAUAAAGAGAAGCUGACAUGGAAGGAUCGUUUUCCAGCCUACUUGACCAAUUUUGUUGGCAUUAUCUUCAUGGUGGGGCUGACAUUUGCUAUAGUGUUUGGAGUCAUAAUAUACAGAAUCUCCACUGCUGCAGCACUGGCAAUCAGCGCAACCCCAUCGGGCCGGUCCAGCGUCAGGGUCACUGUCACUGCCACUGCUGUCAUCAUCAAUUUGGUUGUCAUCAUCUUCCUGGAUGAAGUAUAUGGCUGCAUAGCAAGGUGGCUAACUCAGAUCGAGGUUCCAAAAACUGACAAGAACUUUGAAGAGCGUUUGAUCUUUAAGGCUUUUCUUCUGAAAUUUGUCAAUGCCUACACACCCAUCUUCUAUGUUGCUUUCUUCAAAGGCCGGUUUGUUGGACGUCCAGGAGACUACGUCUACAUUUUCCAUUCUUUCCGAAUGGAAGAGUGUGCACCGGGUGGCUGCCUGAUGGAGCUGUGCAUCCAGCUGAGCAUCAUCAUGUUGGGCAAGCAGCUGAUUCAAAACAAUUUAUUUGAGAUCGGCAUCCCCAAAAUGAAGAAAUUCAUAAGAUACAUGAAAUUAAAGCGUCGGCGCUCCUUGGACCAUGAAGAGCACAUUAAAAAAAAGCAGCGUUAUGAAGUAGACUAUAACCUGGAGCCUUUUUCUGGACUUACUCCUGAAUAUAUGGAAAUGAUUAUUCAGUUUGGAUUUGUAACUUUGUUUGUCGCAUCCUUCCCAUUGGCGCCUCUGUUUGCUUUGCUGAACAACAUCAUUGAAAUCCGUUUAGAUGCAAAAAAAUUUGUUACAGAGCUGAGGAGACCAGUAGCAGUCAGAGCAAAGGACAUAGGAAUCUGGUACAAUAUCCUCCGGGGGAUAGGAAAACUUGCUGUCAUAAUAAAUGCAUUUGUGAUCUCAUUCACAUCCGACUUCAUUCCACGCCUCGUGUACCUGUAUAUGUACAGUGAGAAUGGCACCAUGCAUGGCUUCGUGAACCAUACACUAUCCUCUUUUAAUGUCAGCGAUUUUCAAGCAGGAACAGCUCCAAACGACCCCAUGGAACUUGGCUACGAGGUUCAGAUAUGCAGGUACAAAGAUUAUCGAGAGCCCCCCUGGUCUGAGAAUAAGUAUGACAUUUCAAAGGAUUUCUGGGCUGUCCUAGCAGCAAGACUAGCAUUUGUGAUAGUUUUCCAGAAUUUGGUCAUGUUUAUGAGUGACUUUGUUGACUGGAUUAUCCCAGACAUUCCCAAGGACAUUAGUCAGCAGAUUCAUAAAGAGAAGGUUCUCAUGGUGGAGGUCUUUAUGAGAGAAGAGCAAGGGAAGCUGCAAAUGGAAACCUGGAAAGACAAGGACAAGAAAAAAGGUGAAAACUGUAACAAUCACAGCCCCAGACUCUCCCUGAGCCACAGUGGGAGCUUGUCCUCCUGUCACUCGUAUCCUGUUGACGUAUAGAAGAGGAUGGAGUUGAUUGUGUCGGGGCAUUCCACUGGUACAUAAGCCAUCACAUAAAGGGCAGGACUUGAAUAAUGGACAACCUGCUGCAUGUUGAAGGAUGUGCUGCCAUUUCGCUCCCAUCUUUGUGAGAAAUGCUCUUCUUGCAAAUAUGGAGGACCAUAUUCUAUUUCUGAUAAUGUGUUUUGUUUUUUUCUUUUGCACAAGCAGUAAUGCAGGGAAUUUUUAUAUUUCAUCAUUAGAUAACACUAUUUACAUUGGUGUGCAUUAAUAAAGAUGUACUUAGUAUGUCUUGAUAUUCUCUGAGAAUUUGACCUUAGGCUAAUAACUAAAUCAUUGAAGCUAAAUUUUAAAUAAUGAUAAUACUACUAAUUUAAAAUACUUUUGGAGCCCCAGGCUUGUAGCUCUAUCAGGAAACUUUAAAAAGCAUAUGCAAAAUCAGCAUUAGAGUGUGCCUCCUUUUAGCAGGAGAGGAACCAUGUAAAGUUUACCAGAUUUACUUGCUGUCAAAAUUACGGUUUAGCUCUGCUGGCAGACAUCUGUGUUUGAACCUGCAGGUCUGAAACAAAGCUCCCAUUGAGUUUUAGGGUCAAAUACAUGCUUAGGGCACAUGUGGUUGUCUGCUGCAUGCCUGAGACUUCCACUGGGCAUUGCUCUGUUCACAAGCAUCAGGAAAAUGGAUCUGAAAAAGACCUCCUUACCAGUGCAUAUCUGAUGUGGUGGAAGCUACCUCGGUGCCCCAGGCUGCAUCACCUGUGUUGGAGUGGUCCCCAGAGGCUCCUCACCCAUAGCAAGGCAGCAGCAGCAGCACAAUUUUGGAGAUCUUCCCAGCAGGUCGAUUACUAUGGAGCAUUUUGGUAAAUGCCCUGAAUUAAUGAGCACAUGUAGAGCUACAAUGAGUCAACUGCCCUGCCUGAUAUGCAGCCACCAUUCUUGCUGAGGGGAGUCCCUUUUUCCCUUUGUUUUAGCACAUCCCCUUCUUAGUCAGGUUUUUCUCUGUAGCCCUCUGUCCUCUGCAGGAGAAGGGAGCCAGUUGCCCUUGCAGACUUUGUACUGCUGAAUGGCAUUUCCUGGAGGCUAUGCUGGAAGAGUAAAUCCAAAACAUGUACGCUCAAUGUCUUCAAGGGAAGUUUAGCCUGCACUGGGGCUGCAGGACCAGACCUACAGUUAGUUACAUAACUUCUCUUUUGUCUUAAAAUACCCUAUCUUUUAUACAUGGAGCUUCCUUGAAUAGAAGUCUAAAAUCCUUCCUUAUGAAGCCUAUCUAAAUCUCAUCGGUUCGACUCUUUUUAAGCAUAGUACAUUCUAGUUUUGCUUUGUCAAAUGAUGAACUGCACUUCCAAAUAAUAUUGGUGCAAUUAACCUCAUUUCUUUUAUCGCUUUGUCUUGUCCAUGGCGCUUGCAUUAUGAAUAUAAAACUGAAGAAUAAAAUAAAAAGUAAAGAUUUCUUUAAAGUCUAA